GUGCAGGGAAGGCCAUGGAGGCAGCGGUGCCGGCAGAGGAGUCGCUGGUGCUGGUGGAGUACGGCUUCGAGUACCGCGCCAAGGACGGCACCUUGGUCUCCAUCAAACCCAGACGCUACAUCCUCCUCAAACGCACCAACCCCCACUGGUGGCACGUCCGGCGGAGCGGGGACGCCCGGCCCUUCUACAUCCCGGCCCAGUACGUCAAGGAGCUGCCCCCCAUCGCCUCCCCAGCCCCACUCGACCCCCCGCCGUCGGGACAUGUCGCGACAGAGCCGGCCACGCUCGUCCCCCAGCACCCACCAACCUACGAGUAUCGGUUCGUCAGUGCCACCGAGCCGGGGGAGCCAUCGGGGGGGUGCCCGGUGCCCCGGGGGGACUCCGUGCCAAGGAGGGACUCAGUGCCCAGGAGGGACUCAGUGCCCAGGAGGGACUCGGUGCUCCAGAGGGAUUCCCCACCGUCACUCAGCUCUUUUCGGGUCCCCUCGGGGCUGACCCCCAACCCUGCCGAGCCCGUGAGACCUUCGCAUUCCCUGGAUGACCUGGCACGGGUGACACGGGCACAACGCGGUGCCACCACCACGGGGUCUCGCGGGGACUCCCCAGGACACGCUCGCCCGCUCGGGAAGAGCCGCUCCGAGACGCUCUGCGCCCCCGGCAAGGACAGGGAUGUGGCCAGGAGGUGGCCUGGGGCCGGCCCUGCACCUCAGGCGCACAAGGAGCCGGAGGAGCCGCCCGAUCCCAUCUACCUCAACAUCCAGGAGCUGCGGGAGGAAGAAGCCGCCGCUGCCAGCUCGGUGCCGGAGGAGCCCGGCGGCUCCGUGUCGGACUGGGAGACACACACGGACACGGAGAGUGGACAUUUGUUUUUUAACCCCACGACGGGAGAGACCACGUGGGAUUGUCCCUUUGGGCAGGCGGCCGACGGAGUGAGUCCCGCCGCCUCUCCCGUCUCGCUCGCACACAGCCCGGAGUUUCCGAGUGGGAGCAGCACCUGGGAAGGAAGCGGACAGACUUUUUUCUAUAAUUCGGUAACAGGUGAGACGUCGUGGGACCCCCCCACUGCGGGAGACGCAGGCAGCCAGGAUAUAUGCUCUUGGUGGGGCACAAGAUCCUGACCUGUCUCUUCUUUCCAGCCGCCCACUCCAGAAACAGACUAUCCGACCUGUCUCCAGAUGAGCUGGAGGUUAUCCGAGGAGGAUUACUCGCCCAUGGGCUCUAUGACCAGGGGUCUGCUCUCUGCUGUCCCCGAGGCGCCUGAAGAGCUGGGCUCGCCCGGGCUGGUAGGGCACGGCCACCACGAGGGAGUAGUGUUCUACCCUGAGCACUUCUCUGACACGGUGCCAUCAGGUGGCCGCCACCACCGUGCCAGCAGCGGCUCCAGCCAGGACAGCGUCUUCGCCUGGCACGGCACCGUGUCACCGGCACUGGGCAUCAAGGAGGAGAAGUUCAAGAGCCUCGAAAAAGCCGGGGUGCUCAACCGGACCAGGACGGUGGACAGAGGGAAGCGGCUCCGGAAGAACUGGAGCUCCUCCUGGACAGUGCUGGAGGGGGGGAUCCUCACCUUCUUCAAGGACUCCAAGCACUCGGCUGCCGGUGGCUUGCGGCAGCCCAGCACCCUGACCACCCCCGAGCACACAGUGGAGCUGCGCGGGGCCACCCUGGCUUGGGCUGGCAGGGACAAGUCCAGCAGAAGAACGUCUGGAGGUGAGUGGGUGACACUGAGGACGCGCGAGGGCUCGGAGUUCCUCAUCCAGCACGACUCGGAGCAGAUCAUCACCGCCUGGCACAGGGCCAUCGCCGACAGCAUCGGCCGGCGAGGGCUCGACAUCUCCGGAGAGGAGGACGCCGAGAGCGGGGCUGAGUUCGGCUCCGGGAGAAGCUGGGGAGCGGCGAGGAGAGGAUGGGCGGCUGCCGGGCAGGUGCCGGGCAGUGCCAGCGCCGAGAGCGACUCCAACAGAGUUCGGAACAAACUCCGCAAGUUCCUGCAGAGGCGGCCGACGCUGCAGCUGAGGGAGAGGGGCUACAUCAAGGGUGGGUGUUUUGGCUGCUCGCUGCUGGCACUGUGGAGAGCGGGGACGGUGCCGCGCUUCGUCCUGCAGUGCAUCCAGACCGUGGAGAGGAGAGGUACGGACAUCGAUGGGCUAUACAGGGUCAGUGGCAACCUGGCCACCAUCCAGAAACUGCGCUACAAGGUGGAGCACGACGAGCAGCUGGACCUGGAUGACGGGCGCUGGGAGGACAUCCACGUUGUCAUGGGGCGCUGAAGACUCUUCCUGAGGGAGCUGCCGGAGCCACUGCCUUUCAGCCACUUCGACAAGUUCAUCGCUGCCAUCAAGAUCCAGGACCCGGCCAUGCGGGGCCAGUGCAUCCGGACCUGGUGCUCCCUCCCGCCCGCCCACCACGACACCAUGAAGGUCCUUUUCCGCCACCUCUGCAGGGUGAUCGAGCACAGGGAGGAGAACAGGAUGUCGGUGCAGAGCGUCGCCAGUUUCGGGCCCACCCUGCUGCGGCCGGCGAGCGAGGAGAGCAACAUGGCCAUGCACAUGGUCUUCCAGAACCAGGUGGUGGAGCACAUCCUCAACCACUACGGCUACAUCUUCCCAGAGGGAUAAACCCCCAGGACACACCCUCAGCAGUGGGAACUUGACGGAGCAGCUCCUCCAGGAAGGACUCGGACACGUGUCACUGUGGACAAUGGGUGGUGGCCGUGGCUCUAUGAAGGACAGAAUGGUGGCCCAGCUUGAGGGAUGGGCACCCCCAGGGGUCCUCCUCAGCCACCCACUCCCACUGGGGCCAGAUCCACCCCAGGGGGGUGUGGGGUUUGUGGGCCUCCACUGGUCAAUUGACUAUGGAGCCCUGCAGUCCACAGCUCGCCAGGGCCAGCGGCAUUCCCGGGAUGAGAGGAUGGAGGUGCCCAGGCUGGCAGUGCCUGCAGGGACACGGCACCAGCGGAGGGAGGAGGAGGGGAGAAGCCAGGCUGUGCCAUGGCCGGAGCCCACCGCCCGAUUCCCGAA